UAAAAAUGGUGAUAGUAACAGUACCUGCUUCAUAGGUUUGUUGGGAGGAUUAAAUAAGAUAUUGAGUAUAAAGCAGGUGGGGCAAUAUCUGGAACUUAAUAAGCACUUAAGAGAUGCAAGCUGCAAUUUUCAUCUUCAUCAUAAUCACCAUCACCAUCGUCCUCUCCUCCAGAGGCAGACUAGGACAGGGGUUUUGGCAGAUGGCAGGAAGCUCUAGCAGUUCCAAGAAUCCAACAGAACAAGUAACCUUUGGGGGUCCUGCCUGAGUUAGGAUGCUUGUUUAGGUAACCUUCAAGCUGUGAAUGCUUGAUUGGAUGACCAUGGUGCUUUGAAUUGCAGCCAGAGUUGUGUUUCCAUAUUUUGAGGGUUCACAAAUUAAAUUAUUGGAGCCAAAGGCACAAAUGUGCAUAUUGGUAAUAGCAUCCCAUAAAGAGGGUAGUCGGGCAGGUUCUGGCUGCUCUUCAGGCCAUGUGGCACCCAGACUGUGGCCACAUCAUUCUUCAAUGUGCAGAGUCUACUUGAAUACCUGCAAGGGGCUUAAAGGGCAGCAGAACUGGCUGAGUGGUGAUUUGAGCCCAGAAGGCUCUUUCUUGUGGAUCUAUCAUUCAAAAAACCCAGAACUUGGUGACAACGGCAGUCAGAAGGGCUGGUGGUUUCCGAACUGGUUUGAAAAUGGGACCCACAAUUCCCAAGAGGAAGAAGACAUAGAGAGAGAAAAGGAAGACAACGAAGAGCUUCAGCUAUCCGACUGGUUCGAUCCAGAGAAACGGCCAAAGGUGGUGACAGUGACUAGUUGGAAGGCACCUAUAGUGUGGGAAGGCACUUACAACAGAGCCAUCUUAGAAAAUUACUAUGGCAAACAGAAGAUUACUGUGGGAUUGACGGUUUUUGCUAUUGGAAGCACAAAGAAACUACAGAGGAUAUAUCAAUGCUGGUCUGCGAAUACUGUACCAGAAUUAAAUCUAUCAGACUGGUUUUCCCCCAGAGCAUCCAUGAAUGCAACUACCAACUGGUUAGCUCCAGUUGUGUGGCAUGACACUUAUAAAGAAGAAGUACUGGAAAAUUAUUAUGCACAUCAUAAAAUUACUGUGGGGCUGACUGUGUUUGCUGUGGGAAGGUAUAAUGAAUUCUAUUUGUUCAACUUUUUAUCAUCUGCUAAUAAGCAUUUUAUGGUUGGCCAGAAAGUCAUAAUUUAUGUUCUGACAGAUAACUUGUCCAAGAUACCUUGGAUACAGCUGAGACCCCUCCAGACAAUGAAAGUUUUUGAAAUUAAGCGAGAGAAGAGAUGGCAAGAUAUUAGUAUGAUGCGCAUGAAGACCAUCAGUGAGCAUGUUGUAGAUCACAUACAAUAUGAAGUUGACUACCUUUUCUGCAUGGAUGUGGAUCAAGUCUUCAUGGGGAAAUAUGGAUUAGAGACCCUAGGGGAGUCAGUAGCUCAGUUACAUUCUAAGUGGUAUAAUGAACAUCCUAUAAAUGUACCUUAUGAGAGAAAUAACUUAUCAGAAGCAUACAUACCUAUUGGUAAGGGAGACUUUUAUUACCAUGCUGCUGUAUUUGGUGGCACUCCCAUUCAGGUUCUCAGCAUUGCCAGAGAGUGCUUCAAAGGAAUCAUGAAUGAUAAGAAAAAUAAUAUUGAAGCAGUGUGGCAUGAUGAAAGUCACUUAAACAAGUAUUUCUUUCUCCAUAAACCUACUAAACUCUUAUCUCCGGAAUAUAGCUGGGAUAUUGGUACAAAACAUACUGGUGAAAUUAAAGCUGUUAAAAUCCGUUGGGCUCCUAAGUAUUAUAACAUUGUUAGAGAAAUACAUAAUAUGGAAGACAUUCCUUUAAACUUCUGAAUUUAAGAUUAUCAUUUUGUCUUAUAUCUUAGAUAAUUAGCCCUUGACAAAUUUUAACACUAAAAAGUCACUAACAAAAUGGCAAGCCCACCAAGCAGCAUACUCAUACUUUCAUUUUGAAUUGUAUAAAAUGAGAUGUAGCAGUUGUAGAAAGAAUGUGUUGACAUCAGAUGAUAAUUUAGCUAUUUCAUAUUCUCUGUGAAUGUUGAGGAUAUAUUAUUUGUUGGAUCACAUUCAACAAAAUAAAACCUGUCGCAAGAAAGUGAAACUUGAAGUAUUUUUAUUGACCAAAGUAGGUAUUUAUGCAUUUCUCAUAUUGUUUAAGGAAUUGUCUAAAAGUGUGGGUAAGGGAAAGUCACUGCAACUAUACUAAUAUACUCUUAAUAUAAAAUUUUGAGGACAUUAAAGCUGCCACCAGAUGGGCAGACAAUUACUUAGGAAACUGAGUCAUU